AUGCAGUCCACAUGCAUCCCCAUGAAUUCUCGUAACACUCAGUUACGCCCAAGCAAAGUUUCACCGAUUUAUAGGAAAACUAAUGAUAAUAAUUCUGCUUUUACAUCGUCAACGAGCACACAGAUGAAAUCUAUGAAAGAUAAUAGAUUUGAAGAUAGUGAAAAUACACGGAGAAAAACUAUAAGAAACUCAAAUACCAAAAAGAAGUUCAUAAUAACAUGUUCUCACAGUCAACUUGCGUGUUGCCUUUGCUUGAUCAUCAUUUUUGCCCUUUUAAUAAGUGUAGCUAUUGCUUCUAUACUUGCCUUUGUCUUACCACAUACAACCACCCUAUCAACAUCAACAACGACUGUUACAACAGCAACAUCAACAAGUAAGUCAAAUUAUUAUAAUGAUGAAAAUAGUUCUGCAAGAUAAUUAGUUUUAAAUUAAACAAUAUGAUGACAUAGUAAUAAUGAAGCCAUUAGCACAAAAUUAUCGUAAAGAUACAAAAUCACUAUACUCUUUUUAUUCGAAUCUACAGUACGCUACUUCACGUUCGAACAGAACAUUAAAUUUUCAAUACGUAUAUUUUGUAUAGAACUGAGAGCUUCGGAAAAAAUCCUAUUUUUAAUCUAAAAUUUUGCGUAUAUAAGAAACUCAACCAGAUUAGCUUCUGU